UUUCUUUUUUCUUUUCUUUUUUUUUUUUUUUGGUGCUUCUGUGGUUGUGUAUUCCUUUUCCUUGAAAAUAAUUAUCCGACAGCGGCUGUGCUGAAGUUAUAGGAGAUCUGUGAAAAUUAAUAAUUGCGUUCUGGGAUGAGUCAAAUAAUGUCCGCGGAGGUUCACAAUGAUGACCUUGUACCAGACUCAGAAAAGUACCAAGACCAGGGAGCAGCGGGGUCGUCGCGAUCAAAUUGAUAAUAGCUGUCGCUUUAAGUUCUGGAAGGUUUUUGUUCUUCCUUAUUUCUUUUUUUGUUUUAGAAACCUUGCUUUACCUAAACGGUAGUCCGAUUUUAAUUGGGGACUGUCUUGGUAAAUUGAAAGAGGAAAAAGUUAGGCUGGAAAAUGUGGAGAAAAUGAGCUCAGGAAGAGCAAAAGGAACACAACAAACUUAGUGACGAGAGAAGUCAAGUUUCCAAGACCAGGAGAUCCACUGGCGGAAGCGACCAGAACGUGUCUAGAAAGCAGCACGGAAGGAAAAAUAUGCAAAGGAGUCAAGGACCGCGUGAGAAAG